AUGGGGGCCGCCAUCGCCAACCAGUUGACGGCGCGACAGGCCAUUGUCCUCGGGUCUGGCGGUCAGUUGCAUACUGAAGCUACCAUCAUUACCAAACGUCACCUCUUCAACUCGGCCGAGGGCCAUGUCAACAAGGCACUCAAGGGGAUUGUUGCCUACGAUCCUAGCCUGAGUUUCGACGAAACGAACAGGGUCGUGUAUGAUUCUUCCCACGACAGGUCCAAAGUCAGCAUCAUCGGCGGCGGCGGCUCGGGGCAUGAACCGGCAUGGGCCGGCUACGUCGGCACCAACAUGCUCACAGCUUCGGUCCAGGAGGACAUGUUUGCCAGUCCCAGCACGAGGCAGAUCCUAGCCGGAGUGGAAGCCGUGCCCAGCGACAAGGGCACCAUUCUCGUCAUCACCAACUACACUGGCGACUGUCUGCACUUUGGCCUCGCCAACGAAAAGGCCAACGCCCGUGGACACAGCUGCCGCAUCAUCAUCUGCGGCGACGACGUCUCCAACUUCGGGGCCAUGCCGCAUCUCGAAAUGGGCGCUCUGGUGGAUGAGCUGCUGGAGCAGCUGCGGCGCCGUAGGAACAUGGAGCCGGUCCGCAUCUGCGACGGCUUUCUCGAAACAUCUCUCAAUGCCCUGCCUUUUCCGUCUCCGUCGACAAUGCCACUGCCGCGUCAGGGAACUGCAGGGACUCGGUCGAGGAUAUCAAGGCCCUCUUCGACGCCAGGACCAAUACGCACCGGGAGUCCAUGGCAGGCUCCCAGGCUCCGCGGCGAAGUCGCCGUGGACGAGAGACGCGACUUGAAGCUGGACCCCGUCCUGCUCGAAAGCAUGCUGCGGAAUGCGUGCGUGCCGCUCGUCAAGGCCGAGCCUGACCUGACCGGGUGGGAUACCGUCAUGGGAGACGGCGAUUGCGGCGAGACGCUCAAGGCGGGAGCCACCGGCUUGAUGGCUGCCCUUGACGGCGGCCUGGCAAGGCCCGGCCCCGUCGUCAAGGUCCUGCUUGAGCCGGGGGAGAUUGUGGAAGGGAAGAUGGGCGGCACUCUGGCCGACACCCAAGGCCCCGUGGCUCUCUGGGCAACGGCCCUGUCUGCCGCACUCGGCAAUCUGCGACGAUAUACGCCUGCCAAGGUUGGUGACCGCACCGUCAUGGACACCUUGAUCCCCUUUGCCGAAGCAUUGAGCAAGUCUGGCUGGCGUGGCCGAGUCCAAGCGGCCGUCGACGGUGCCGAGGCUACCAAGAAGAUGAAGCCUCGAUUAGGGAGAGCAGCUUAUGUAGGUGCUGGCUCGGGUGACGGUCAAGAACUGCCCCCCGAUCCCGAUGCUUGGGGUGCCAUGGUUGCCAUCCGGGGAUUACAAGAGGUCGCUUCCGGCUGA